CAGGCUGCAAGAUCGCGUUUGCCACUCCAUUACAGCAAAGGACGCGACGACAUCAGCGGACGUCUCCAUUAACAAAGCAGUGUAACCCUCAAUCGCGCUCCCAUACGACACUCAUCGCUCCAUCCACUUAUCCGCUUGUAGACAACACACCUUAUGGACAGGUAUUACGAAAUGCCAUCAGGCGACGGUGGCGGGAUGCGUGAGAAAGGGGGCAAGCGGUCCUGGACCGCCCACGAGGACCAUCAAAUCGUCACGCUCGUGGCUCAGCUUGGAUGCAAACACUGGUCGAAACUCGCCAAGAUCCUCAAUGACGAAUGCGCGAACGGCCACAACGGCGCCAAGCGUAGUGGCAAACAGUGCCGGGAACGAUGGCACAACCAUCUCGAUGCGACCAUCAAGAAGGGACCGUGGACCAAGGAAGAGGAAGUGCUCCUUGUGGCCGCCCAUGCUGAACACGGUAACCAGUGGAGCAAGAUUGCCAAGAUGUUCCAUGGACGAACGGACAACGCGAUCAAAAAUCGAUGGUUCGCCAAGCAAAGGCGGGAAUCCCGCCGCAGCGGCAAGGCCAAGGACAGAUCGUGCUUCGCACCAGCAUUGUCGGACGUAGAGGAUGAGCAGCGUACGCCACGCCAUACACCUCUCGACCGUGUUCGCGCAUUGGCAACGUCGGACCGCGGCGGAAUCUCCCCGAAACCCGAACCAUGGAUGCAACUCUCACACAUCAACCAGCAUCCGUAUGCGACAUCGGCUACGUGGAACCACGACACCCCGUUCUUGACGUCAUCCCAGACGUACCAACAGCAUCCCCAUCAGCAGCACCACGCGCCAUGGCGGGCGUUGCAUCACAAUAUGGAUGAGAUGGGACCGUUCGACUUGGCCAUGAUACCGGACGAAGAAGUUGACGAAACAAUGGACGCGUGUUCGUACUCGUUCGCAAUGCCGCAAGCAUGCGAGAAAGGUGCGCCGUCGAUGUCAAGGCAACAAGCUGACGUCGUCCACGCGCCUUCUCGAGGGAACGGGUUGCCCAUGGUCGAGAUAGACUUAGACUGGACAGACAAAGUAUUGAUUUGAGCAUCAUAUCCCAAAUACUUUGAAGUAGAUGGUAUUACAACUGCAGUCUGCGUAACAUUAGCAUCUACCCCGUA